CCCCAGUCAAGAGAGGAGCACGGAGCCAAAGCACGGCGGCAGGGGGAGCCCUGGCAACGGAGCUCAAGGCAUCUUUGUGCCACUGCUCAACAGUGAGUGACGUCAUGGGCACGGCCAGGUCUUUAUCAGUUCUGCCAGAUAAAUAGCCAACUGCACUAGGUCUGGAGAGACAGCAAGGUGCUGUGCGGCGGAGCAUUUGGGGUCUCAAAGAAGCAGGUGAGCCUGGGUCCGAGGGGCUGGGUGGAGGAGCAUCUUGGUGCUUCUCUGCUGGGGAAGACAGGGGACAGGGCAUGCUUAGGAAGACAGGCAGGCUGACCCAGCCUGGAAAGCACCUGGAGACAAGAGGGGUGGGCAUGGUGACCACGUGCCCUUUUGGGUAAGAUGGUGCUGGCCAGAGGCAGGAAGGCCCCCCACUACCAACUCCAUGUCUCUCUCACCAGUGGCCACCACCAUGGGUGCAGGCCCCGACCAGUCCUAUUUCUCUGGCAAUCACUGGUUCGUCUUCUCGGUGUACCUCCUCACCUUCCUGGUGGGGCUCCCCCUCAACCUGCUGGCCCUGGUGGUCUUCGUGGGCAAGCUGCGGCGCUGCCCGGUGGCUGUGGACGUGCUCCUGCUCAACCUGACUGCCUCCGAUCUGCUCCUGCUGCUGUUCCUGCCCUUCCGCAUGGUGGAGGCGGCCAGUGGCAUGCGCUGGCCCCUGCCCUUCAUCCUCUGCCCUCUCUCCGGAUUCAUCUUCUUCACCACCUUCUAUCUCACCGCCCUCUUCCUGGCAGCUGUGAGUGUUGAGCGCUUCCUGAGCGUGGCCCACCCACUAUGGUACAAGACCCGGCCGAGGCUGGGACAGGCGGGUCUGGUGAGUGUGGCCUGCUGGCUGUUGGCCUCUGCUCACUGCAGCGUGGUCUACAUCGUGGAAUUCUCGGGGGACACCUCCCACAGCCAGGACACCAAUGGGACCUGCUAUCUGGAGUUCCGGAAGGACCAGCUAGCCUUCCUCCUGCCCGUACGGCUAGAGAUGGCCGUGGUCCUCUUUGUGGUCCCCCUGAUCAUCACCAGCUACUGCUACAGCCGCCUGGUGUGGAUCCUUGGCAGAGGGGGCAGCCACCGCCGGCAGAGGAGGGUGGCGGGGCUGGUGGCAGCCACACUGCUCAACUUCCUUGUCUGCUUUGGGCCCUACAACGUGUCCCACGUUGUGGGCUAUAUCUGCGGUGUAAGCCCGGCAUGGAGGACCUACGUGAUGCUUCUCAGCACCCUGAACUCCUGUGUCGACCCCUUUGUCUACUACUUCUCCUCCUCCAGAUUCCAAGCCGACUUUCAUGAGCUGCUGAGGAGGCUGUGUGGGCUCUGGGGCCAGUGGCAGCAGGAGGGCAGCGUGGAGCUGAAUGAGCAGAAGGGAGGGGAGGAGCAGAGAGAGGACCGUCCAGCUGAAAGAAAGAGCAGUGAACACUCACCGGGCUCUGGAACUGGUGGCCAGGUGGCCUGUGCUAAAAGCUAGGUCCUCUGCGGCAGGAGGGUGUAGCUGGCAUGUCAUCCUCAGGGCACUUUCUCGCUCACGCCAGGGACUUGGAGUGGCGAGCUGGGGCCCGAUGGGGCUUGGGGGCAGAAUAGACAUCUAGCCUUCCUAAGGGUGUACGCACUAAAGCCCAGCUCUCCAUCUCCCCUCCAUCCCCAUCCACCCACACACCAUGGGAAGGGGUCAGGGUGAGAGGCUGCUCUGGAGAACAAUGAGGUUCUCGUAGCAGCAGGCAGCUUUUGUGCUUUUUUGAGGGUGGCAGAGGAGCUAAGAGCAGUGCCCAGGGUCUGAGGGGGCUGCCCAGUGAGUGACAGGGGCAGGAGAGGGGAGAACCCUAUCCUCAGGGCUGCUCCCAACCAGCGAGUCAGGAGCGGGGGAGACAGGGCGCCAGGAAUGAGGCCGCAUUCUGCUCCCACAGUGCCUUUUUCAGAAAGUUCCCAUUGCUCAAUAAAUCUGGAUCAUCAGAGUCAUUUAUGAACAAUGAUAGAAGAAAAAUUACCCAAAUAAAUGUGGAA